UGGAUCGUGCAUGAAUUCUUGAAAUUGGACGACACGCGCAACGGACAUCGACUUUGACAUAUCGAUUCGCGCAUCCAUCCCAAGGAAUCUCGCCCUGUCUUCGUGCUACCUUCAUUGACUGCACUUCUUCACCUCGAAGACGUCUGAGUCACAUCCCCCCGACGGCGAGCCAGCGCUUGCCCCCCUUCGCCUGCUCUACCUCGUUUUGCGUUGCUUUGCGCUGCAGUCUGGCUGUCCGCCUUGGCCUUUCACCCAGAAAGCUUUUUCGCGUUUUGCCUACCAAACCCCUGGUUAAACCUUUACCAGGCAAAAAAACAAAGCCUACCGAGUAUCUCAUCAGCUCCCGCGAACAAGAACGAUCACGUCCUGAUCAUCUGGCGUAUUUGCCGAGCUUGACCCGUCACCAUGGCGUCCUUGGGAGACGACCUUCUCGGUACUGUCAACAAGUUGCAAGACUUGGUCUUCAACACCAUCGGCAGCGACUCGCUUGAUCUUCCCCAGAUUGUCGUUGUCGGUUCGCAGUCGGCCGGGAAAUCCUCCGUUCUCGAAAACAUUGUCGGCCGUGACUUCCUACCCCGCGGGAGUGGCAUCGUGACCAGGCGGCCUCUGAUCCUGCAACUGAUCAACGUACCCGAAGAUGAGGAUGCAUCCGACCCUCUGUCAGAUCCAUACAGGUCUCCCGAUGUUGCCAGACGAUCCGAAUGGGCCGAGUUUCACCACAUACCGAACCGUCGCUUCAAUGACUUCUCCGACGUGAAGCGCGAGAUCGAGAAUGAGACAUCACGUGUGGCGGGCAACAAUAAGGGAAUCAACCGACAGCCUAUUAACCUCAAAAUCUACUCGCCGCAUGUGCUCAACCUGACUCUCGUCGACCUUCCUGGACUCACAAAGGUUCCUAUUGGCGACCAGCCAACCGACAUUGAGAAGCAAACACGCAACCUCAUCUCGGAGUACAUUGCAAAGCCAAACAGCAUCAUCCUCGCCGUCUCACCCGCCAAUGUCGAUAUUGUAAACUCGGAGGCGUUGAAGCUUGCCCGGCAUGUCGAUCCGCUGGGAAGGAGGACGAUUGGCGUACUUACUAAGGUGGAUCUCAUGGAUCACGGAACAAACGCGUUGGAUAUAUUGUCUGGACGUGUCUACCCGUUGAAGCUGGGCUUCAUUGGCGUUGUCAACCGCUCCCAGCAAGACAUUCAGGGCAGCAAGCCCAUGGAGGAGGCUUUGAAGGCCGAGUCUGAGUUUUUCAGGCAUCAUCCAGCCUACCGCAACAUUUCUAGCAGAUGCGGCACUCACUUCCUGGCAAAGACUUUGAACACGACCCUCAUGGCUCACAUUCGUGAGCGCAUGCCUGACAUCAAAGCGCGCCUCAACACUUUGAUGGGACAGACUCAACAAGAGUUAGCAAGCUACGGGGACAUGCAUUUCAGCGGCAAGGAACACCGUGGAUCCCUCAUUCUGACACAGAUGACACGAUUUGCCACCUCCUUCAUCUCUUCCAUCGAUGGCACCUCGACCGAGAUUUCCACCAAGGAACUGUGUGGUGGGGCUCGCAUCUACUACAUUUUCAACUCCGUCUUCGGCAGCUCUCUCGAGUCUAUUGACCCGACGUCCAACCUUUCGGCGCUUGAUAUUCGAACCGCUAUUCGUAACUCGACCGGGCCCCGCCCUAGUUUAUUCGUGCCAGAAAUGGCCUUUGACCUUCUCGUCAAGCCCCAAAUCAAGCUUCUCGAAGUCCCUAGCCAGCGUUGUGUUGAGCUUGUCUACGAAGAGCUCAUCAAGAUAUGCCACACGUGUGGCUCCACCGAGCUGUCUCGCUUUCCGAGGCUGCAAGCCAAGCUGAUCGAGGUUGUUUCUGAUCUGCUGCGCGAGCGUUUGGGGCCAACUUCUGGCUAUGUUGAAUCCUUGAUUUCGAUCCAGCGGGCGUAUAUCAAUACUAAUCACCCUAACUUCCUGGGUGCCGCAGCCGCCAUGAGUCACGUUGUCAGCAACAAGCAAGAGAGGGAGCGAAAGCGCCUCAUUCAAGAAGAGCGAGAGAAGCGAGAAAAGAGGCGUCUCAAAGAGCUGGGCACUAAUGGGACUGAGGGACCCGACGAGGAAGAGGUGGAAUCGACAGUUACUGAAAAGGCCGACUCCAAUGCUUUGCGGAAGCAGGCAAGCAAGGGAGCGCGCAGUCUAUCGCCGGGCGUGCGUGAAAAUGGCACCACCGGCCUGAACGCCGCUCUUAACGGCGCACGAUCAGCUUCGCCAUCGAGAUUCAACGAUAAGGGCCUGGGAGGUGCACGUGACUCCUUUCUGACUUACUUCUUUGGUAAAGACGGAGCCUCGCCCAUCGGGGUCUCUCCUUCGUCCAACUCAUCUAUUGCCCGACAUGUCAGCCAAAGCUCCGAGCCAACGUUCUCACAGAGUAUUCGCCGAGCCGAAGACAAGGUGGCGUUGCGCGCGCCAGCACAAGCCUCAGCCCGCGACGAGCUGGAGUUUGGUAAGGCCGCGCAGCCUGUCGAUUAUGGGUCUCUAUUCGGUACGGCCAGCGGCGAGCCGGCCAUGACUGAGCGGGAAGCGAUGGAGACAGAGCUCAUCCGAGCACUCAUCUCUUCUUACUUCAACAUCGUGCGCGAGUCUAUUGCGGACCAAGUCCCUAAGGCCGUCAUGCAUCUGUUGGUAAAUCACUGCAAGGAUGUGGUCCAGAACCGGCUUGUCAGUGAGCUGUACAAAGAGACACUCUUCGAGGAGCUCUUGUACGAAGAUGACGGUGUCAAGAAGGAGCGCGAGAAGUGCGAGAAGCUGCUUCAAACAUACAGAGAAGCGGCCAAAAUUAUUGGUGAAGUGUUAUAGAUACGUGUUGGAAAAGAAGAAACAGACCCUGGCGAAACCGGCGCCCCUUGUUUACAAUAGUUCUCUUCCCAUCUCUCCCCUUGUCACACGCACAUAAAGUCUUCUUGGUUUCCAGUAAUUGCCAGGCGGUUACGGCGAGGUCUAGACAAAGGGAGGCGUUUCAACGGAACUAGGCCCAGUGGUGUCUCGAGGAUCGAUAGCACCCUCGCCGGUGUUUCGUUCCGCAUACAGAGUUGUUGAGUGAUUGGAUGCGUGUGCAAUACAAGAGCCUCAUCUUUAUGGACAGUCCCUUCUUCUACUUAUUUGCCCCUUGGUGUCGGGGUGCCUCGUGUCAUUCGCACCGGCAAAACGCAUCGUUUGUAAUGGUCUAAAACCUCGGUACGAGUAUCAAACUCAAACCGGGCCACGUCUUAAUCAUAUACACACAAGGACCGAGGUCUAUACCCCUCACAUAGUAAACCAUAAUGCCGAGCUGCUUGAGAUGCUCAUCCUGUGACUAGCUGGGCCUGAUACUCCCACCUUC